AUGGCAGCGCAACACAAGCCCCUGGAGAUUAUUCCAAAGAAGCUGCGCAAGACGCUUCCCUUCGAGGAUGACGACGUGCACACGGUUAUCAAGGCGUGGUAUAUCGACUCUGUCCCUGUGUUCCUCGAUGACCCGGACUCGCACAGCACAGCCAGCGAGCGCAUUACAGAAACCAUGCUCUCCGCGCUCCGCCUCAGGGACACACCCAUCAAGGUGUUUGUGGUGGUCUCCAACGCACAGCUGAGCGUGAUUGCCAGGAGCACGGGCUCCAUUAUCCUGCAGAUUGCGAGCAGCAAGCUCGACGAGUUCCAAGUCGAUUCGCGUUCGUCUCCGUCGUGUUUCGCCUUCAGCUUCCACAGCUCCACGCUUGGCGUCGACUACAUCAACGUGUUCCAGGUCAAGCCAAAGUACGAGGCGCUGGUGGCGCCCUGCCUGGAGCAGUGCAAGGUGAAGCAACGCCCGCACCGCAUGUCCAAGAUCAACCCCAAGCACCAGCAACACUCUGGCAAGCACGUGCUCGGUGUGUUCCAGGGCGUUCUGCUUGGGUCAACAGCGGUGGCGAGCAAGCAUCGCGACGACGUGUGUCGCGGUGCUGCUGAUAAGCUCAAGCGUCGACAGCGCCGCGCACACACGCGCUUGCUCCCCGUGGCUAUCGUCCUCACCGCAGACAGCAUCAGAUACGCGGAGGUGCUGGCGGAUCGCGACUUUGAGCAUGUGCUCCUCAAGACCAUCUCCCACGCAACAGUGCUCGACGACGGGCACACGCGGGAGCUGUUUGCCUUUAUUGAGUCUGACGACCGCCUGGACAACUUCACCUGCCACCUCAUCUACGUCCAGCGCGGUGUUGCCGACCGCCUCUGCCAGCUGAUUGGGCAAGCUAAAGAGCAGCAGAAGCGGCUGAGCGAGAUGAGUGUCGAUCAGCCAGACGACAAGCCGGGUGGCGCCUUCCGCACCCUCCCCGACACCGCCAACUCAAACCCAAGCGACCUCGCAAACGCACAGAUUGAUCGUGACAAGCUGACAUCUGUCAGCGUCCUCGGAACUGGACAGUUUGGGCGGGUUUGGUUUGCAAACCUGACGAAGGAGACCAACGAGAACACCAACACCGAUGAUGCCAGCAGCAGCAGUGGCAGCAGCAGCGAUGACGAUUUCAUGCCAUGCGCCGUCAAGAUGCUCCGAUCAGAAUCAACAGACGAUCACGCGGAGGAGUUUUUGAAUGAAUGCCGGAUGAUGCAGGGCCUGGACCAUCCGAAUGUACUGCGGCUGCUCGGCGUGUGCAUCGAGGCCCGCCCCUAUCUCGCCGUCCUUGAAAUGAUGCAUUACGGCGAUCUCAACAAAGUCCUCAAGACGUGCCGGCGCAAGGAGCUGAUCCUAACGGUGCUUGAGCAGUUGCUGCUGAUCGAACAAGCCGCCGCCGGCAUGGUGUAUCUCACAUCGCAGGGCAUUGUGCACAUGGACGUUGCAGCACGCAACAUGCUCCUUCACUCCAGCAACAGCGUCAAGAUUGCCGACUUUGGCGUGGCCCAGCGGGUUGAUCCGAGCAAUGGGAAGUACCGCCUGCGCGCGCCGAUGCGUCUUCCUGUCCGCUGGAUGGCACCCGAGACGCUCAAGGGGAAACCCAUCUACUUUUCAGAGCGCACGGACAUUUACUCGUUUGCCAUUUUCAUGUGGGAAGUCUUUACAUAUGGACAGCUUCCGUUCCGAGAGUUCAAGAGCAGAGACGCGCGCGACAAGAUCAUUGCUGGCCACAUCCCAGAGACACCAGCAUACAUGAUGCUGAUGCUGGGACAAGGACCCGGGAGCGAGACCAACGUUUGCAGACAUGCACAGCUUCGUCCGCAACAAACGUCUGGAACAGGAGCAAGCCGAACCCCGAGGCGCGUGACAUUGGGCGCCACACUCAACGCCAGCCUGUCCCAGAACCACCGCCGCCUCUCCAAGCGCGCCAGUAUCGUUCGUCGCCAGUCCCGCAAGGGCUCGAUGGGACCGGCCCCGCGCCGCACCGCCGCCAACAGCACGUCGCUCGCAACCAUGGCCGAGGAGCCCGAAGGCGAUGAUGCGGUUGAAAAGCCGACAAAGUCGUUUGAUGACGAGGAAAACUGGACAGGAACCAUCAAGCGCAAGAAGUCGCUGCGACAGCGGAAUUCGUCGACAGCAAGCAUGACGUCGGCCGGCCCAACAAAGGCAGCAGAGGAGCCCGUCAAAGUGGAAGGGAAGGAGCAUUCACUCGUACGACGAGACAGCGUCGAGAUGGACUUGAACAUGUUUGAUGACGGCUCAAAGUUUACUGAAUUUGGCGAUUCUGGGAAGCUCUGA